AGGAUCAACAGCAACAUUACAAACUGCAUCGGUAGUAGCAGCAGCAGCAGCUGCUGCAGCAGCAGUUGCCGCAUCACAACAUCAACAUCAUUUAUUAAAACGUGUUAUUAAUUCAAAUAAAAUGCAACAAUCGGCGGCAACAAAUGCUACAUCAGUUGCAGUACCUGCUGCUUCUUCAAAUUCAACUGAUACAAAUAAUGCAUCAUCGUCUCAAAUUACAACAAAUAAUAAUAUUAAUAAUAUUUUUACUACAACUAAUGAGAAUUCAACAUCUUUAUUAAUUACAUCAAAUAAAACAAAAGAAAAAUUAUCAUUAAUAUCACCGAAAUCAUCUUCUUUGACACCAGCAGAAUUUAAUCCAAGUCAAUCAUCACAUACAAUUGGAUCACCGAAACCAAAUCAAGUUAGUACUGUCCUAUUAUAUGGUAUACCAAUUGUAUCAUUAUACAUUGAAUCACAAGAACGUUUAUGUUUAGCUCAAAUAUCAAAUACAUUAUUAAAACAAUUUAGUUAUAAUGAAAUACAUAAUCGUCGUGUUGCAUUAGGUAUAACAUGUGUUCAAUGUACACCAGUUCAAUUAGAAAUAUUACGAAGAGCUGGUGCUAUGCCAGUUAGUUCAAGACGUUGCGGUAUGAUAACAAGACGUGAGGCAGAACGUUUAUGUAAAUCAUUUUUAGGUGAUAAUUCACCGCCAAGAUUACCAGAUGAUUUUGCAUUUAAUGUACAUCAUGAAUGUGCAUGGGGUUGCCGAGGUUCAUUUUUACCAUCUAGAUAUAAUUCAUCUAGAGCUAAAUGUAUAAAGUGUAGUUAUUGCGGUUUAUUCUUUUCACCAAAUAAAUUUAUAUUUCAUUCACAUCGUAUUGGUCCAACUGACAAAUAUAUACAACCGGAUGCAGCAAAUUUUAACUCAUGGCGUCGUCAUAUGAAAUUAAGUGGUAAUCCAGCUGAAGAAAUAAUACAUGCAUGGGAAGAUGUUAAAGCAAUGUUUAAUGGUGGUACAAGAAAACGUUUAAUAUCAAAUGAAUCAUCAUCAAUAACAUCAUCAUCAAUAAUAUCAUCAUCAUCAUCUUCAUCAUCAACAAAUCAUAAUAGUAAUAAUAAUAACAGUAAUAAUAAUAAUCAUAGCUCACAUUUACACCACCAUCAUCCGCAUCAUCAUUCACAUCAUCACAAUAAUUUACUUCAUCAUCAUCAUCAUUCACAUAAUUCGCAUCAACAUCAGCAACAACAACAACAAAAUCAUUUACACAACAAUCAUCCGUUAUUGCAAUCAAAUAAUCCACUACGUAUUAUAUCGGCUGGGUCAUCAACACCAUCAUCAUCAAUAUCACAAAGUGGUCAAACAAUAUCAAUGAAAAGUAAUACUCAUCUAAACGUCUUCGUGAUUAUAAUAAUGAUGCAAUAUCCUCAAAUAUUAUUCCAAUACAAUAACAAUAAUUUACAUUCAACUCCACAUCAUCACCAUCAACAAAAUCAUUUACACCAUCAUUCGACACAUAUUGAGCCAUCUACAAUACCAUCAAUAAUUGGGAAUGUUGAUUUAAUUUCUGGUACCGGAAAUAAUUCUUUAACCUCAUCAAAUCUAAAUACACCACCAACAAUUGGUAGUUCAAAUACAAAUUUAAAUAAUGCAAGUGGAAUUACUGGUAACACUCACAAUCAUAUGACAUUACCUAAUGAUAUUGCAAUACCAUUUUCGAGAAAUUUUGUUAUGGAUUAUAUGUGGCAUGCACAAAACAAAUUUCAAUUUUCUAAUUAUUCAUUACCGUGGAUCAAAAGACCAGGAUCACUUUUUAAUAGCAAUGCAAAUAGUGAAAGGGAUUUAUUAAAUUUAAGUGAAACAAAUUUUAAUGAUGAAAAAUUACGUUCAAAUUCGACUCAAAUAAAUUGCAACAGUAACAAUAAUAGUAAUAAUAUAAAUAACAAUAAUAAUAAUAAUGGUAAUAUUGCAAAAAUAAAUGAUACUAUUGUAACUAAUUUACAAAAAUAUAAUAAUAAUAGCAUUAAUAGCGAUUUAAUAUCAAAUUUUUAUAAAAAAUCAGCCUUUAAACCAGUUCAAAAUUCAAUAAAUCAUUAUAAAAAAUCACUAUCGUCAGCUGAUCCUUAA